AUGGGUGAAUAUCGUAUCGAGUUAUCCCCCAACAACCGCGCCACGUGCAAGGACACUGAGUGCAAGAAGAACGGUGACAAAGUCACCAAAGGUACCCUGCGGUUUGGUUCCUAUGUCAUCAUCAAGGAGCAUGGAAGCUGGUCAUGGAAACAUUGGGGAUGUGUCUCUGGUCAACAGCUAGAGAAUGUCCGUGAACUGUGCCAGCAAGGCGAUGGCUCCUUCGAUUGUGACCUCAUCGAUGGUUACGAUGAGCUUGACGGACACCCUGACGUGCAAGAGAAGGUCCGCCGCUGUAUUAACCAGGGCUUCAUUGACCCUGAAGAUUUCAAAGGGGACCCAGAGAAGAACAAGCUUGGUGAGAAGGGUAUUCACUUGACUGCAGCACAGAAGAAGAACAAGGCUGCCGCUGAGGCUGCCGCCACAGGCGAUGGAGAGAAGGCCAAGCCCAAAGGCAAGCGUGGACGCAAGAAGGCCGCUGAUGAUGAAGAGGAUCAGGACGAGCCGCAGCCCAAGAAAGCUCGAACAUCCAAGGCGGAUGAGGAGAAGCCCGCUGCUAAGCCGGCCCGUGGCCGCAAAGCCGCCGAGGUCAAGGAUGAGAGUGAGGAUGAGAAUGCUAUAUCUGCUCCUGCUCCUGCUCCUGCCAAGGGAGGACACAGAACUUCGGCUCAGAAGCCAAAGGAUGAAUCUGAUGCUGAGGAGAAACCGGUUCCUGUCAAAAAGGGACGAAAGGCAACCCCUAAGAAGGUCAAGAACGAAAGCGAUGAUGAAGUGCCCGCUCGUGCUCCUGCCCCUGCCAAGAGAGGACGCAGAACUUCAGCUCAGAAGCCAAAGGACGAAUCUGAUGCUGAGGAGAAACCUGCUUCUGUCAAACGGGGACGAAAGGCUGCUACCAAGAAGGCGGCUACUCCUGAGGAGGAAGACGUUGCGGCUGAGGAAGAGGAACAAGAGAAGGCCGCGCCGAGGACCAGAGCUCGCCGCGGGCGUUCCAGCAAAGCUUGA